AUGUCGCCAAAGGAUCUGUUUUUAAUGCACGCUCAGCAAUCGACAACUAGAAAACGAGCAACUCGUAAACCAAGUUCUGUUCGAACAACAACUACAACUACAACAACAACCACGACUCCCGCACCUGAAACAACAACUGAAGCAGCAGCCGUUAAAACCACAGCUAAGCCCAAAGGCAAGUCUAAGGCCAAGCCCAAGCCUAAAGGUCGCGCUAAGCCAAAGCCCAAGGCCAGGCAGACCAAGGAUCAAGGCAAAGACGCUGUGGAACAGGGCAAGCAGAAUAAAGACCAGACCAAAAACGAUAAGACUCAGAACUGCAAUAAGCCAAAUCAAAAGGGAAAUCGCAAAGCACGUGCCGAAUGCAAACAUGGUCAUCAAAACAGCACAACUCCAAUCAUGGAUACGUCUGGCAAUGAGCAAGUUACUGCAACUACACCAACAGCAACAACUGCUGCGAAUCCUGCAGCUGCUUCAGCUUCUCCAGUUACUGCAGACGCUGUCAAAACAUUGACCACAGCUGCGUUUGUCCCGGAGAGAAGCGAUGAGUCCAACAUGGAAAUGGCUGCCAAUAAGCCAAUCCCAAUCGCUACACUCGUUGAUAAUCCAGCUGCAACUGUCACACUGCUCGAUAAUGGCACUUUUAAGGAGGUUCGAACCAAGGCUGAUCUCAUUGCGCUUGACAGCAUUAAUGGCACCAAUGAUGAUGGCUAUGUUCAGCCCAAAUAA